AUGAAGAAGAAGGACCAACGGAAAGCGAUCCUCUUCAAAAUACGCCAUUCCCUUUUAUCGAAAAAGACAACUCCGAAACGAUCUUUAGCUGGACGAUCACCGCAAUCAGUCUCGCCACCACACUCCUACAACUCCACUACUUUGAGUUCUCCACGCACCGGCUCACGCAAUGUGUCCAAUUUCGCAACGGGUAUCUCAUCGUCCUUUGACGACACUGACGGAUCCUUACGAUCUCCAUCAGGAAAACGUCACUCCACCAAUUGGCCAACAGAUGAACGUCGAGCACACAGUGAAGACUCGCGCUAUCCAUCAACCAGAUACAGUCGCGAAGAGGAAUCUGAAAGAGAUCUGAGAGCCAGUGCAAGUGGCGGCUCUCCACGCAGUUACCGAUCUCAUGACUUUGACAGAAGCCCUUUCCGACGACAAAGUUCGCACACUGGAAGUUUCAGAAGUUCCGAAGGAGCUUCUCGUAGCAGCCAUUACAGUAAAUCCGAUCUGAGCUACAGCCUCGAUUGA